AUGGACAUAGGUAACUCUCCUUCAGAUACUGGUACACGUUCAAAUCCUAUUUCAGGCAAGCGAACGCGGAGAAAGAACUCCAAAUCCCGGCAGGGCUGUUUGAGGUGCAAAAGCAGGCGGGUAAAGUGUGAUGAAGUCCGACCAGAGUGUGGAAACUGCAAGAAAAUUAGCCGGCAAUGUCCAGGGUUUCAACAGGAGCUUCGUUGGUCAAAGAGGCAUGAGCGAGGCGUUGUACCGCCAUCCAGCGAUGAUAAUUCGGCAAGUCGAAUCGUGGACCUAGAAGCAAUUCGAACUGUCCGACGGAUCGUAGACACCUCUGACGAAUCGAGUAUUCCUCAUGGUCGACUUAACACAUCGACGGCCAGCUCCGAAACUGUCGCUGAUGACUGGUUGCUUUCGCUGCCUACAACCUGGCAGGCCACGACAUCAAGCUGCGAUGUACAAGCAAACUAUAACUCGACAGGAAAUAAAGACACCAGCAUCGAGGCCUCGAUCGGCUGGGCAUCUCAAUAUCACUCACCGGGCAUCUCAACUCCCAUUUCUACCCCUAAAUCUCUACAAUCUCCCGCCCAUCUACCAACAACCCUGAUUGAAUAUUGGUUCCGCCACGUUUGCCCCAUGUGGUCGACUUUCGACUCUGAAGUGAACUGGAACAGGCGACUGGCUCGAGGUACAUGGACCACAUCAAAGGCUGUUUUCUUCACAAUGCAGACCAUGUCGGCAACGUGUUUAAUAGAUGUGAUGCCUCAGCUCAACAAGACCUUGGAGUCGGCGCGAGCACAGGCCACAUCGACCAUCCUCGAAGGUAUGGAGCAGGCGAGAGACGUAUCUCAGUCACCCAGGGUGGCAGCUGAUCUAGUGUUUGCGGUAUUUGGACUUGGGACCUCAUCCCACUGGGCGGCUUUCAGUGACCAGAAAUACCCGUGGCUGGAGUUUGCUCGCGAAUUGCUCUCCAUCUGGAAGCUUGAACUCUCCAAACUGGACGAGCUAUUGCAUGAGUACUUUUGCCAGGCUCUCACCUACUGGGAAAUGAUAGCGCUCACGGAGAGUUGCAGCUCCAUCCCUGCCAAACUGCGAAGAAAGCGACGACAAUACCAGGAUCGACUUCGUUUAGCGAUGCACUUGCCGGAUAGCAACGACACAUCCUAUCAAGAUACGGAGAUGCCUUGGGUUCCUCGCCCAGAUCUCUUUGGAACACGGCCGAAUUCAUGGUGCGGUGUUUCGAAGGAGGUCAUCGACGUCUUUGGGCAAGUUUUGGCUUUGUGCCGCGGCGCAUGCGACACUAACAGACCUCGAAGCACGCUGACUGUGCUGGCGACGAGUAAUGUUCUCUGUGACAUGGCUCUUGCCCACGAAUUCCAGAGAGAGCUUCUUGGUAUGGACUUUGAUGCCCUGAUUCUUCAGGAAGAGGAUCACGGCUUCCCCGUACAGACACGAGACGACAGUACGCCAAUCUCACAUCUGCUGUUGACUGCGGAAGCCUAUCGGCAAGCUUCGCUUCUACAAUUGCAUCUGAGUUUCAGUGACUUGGAAAUGAUAGAACAUGGGAAGGGUUCUGCUGGUACACCAUUCAAUGGAGAAUCAUCCCAGAUGAAAGGAGAUGGGCAGGCGCGAGCGGAAUUCGUACUUAGAAUGACACUCGAGCUCGUGGAAAUACUGAGACAAAUCCCUGCCCAGUCCGGUUCGAAAUCUAUCCACCCAAUGCUCUACGUUUCUACCGCCGCAGGGCUUCGAUAUGAUACUUGGCCAGAAACGCAAGAUAUCUCCCAGGCUUCUGGCUCUGCUAAGGCGGCCAGUAGCCUCACAAGAGCUACGUUGAGUGAUGACCGGGGCCCAUUUCUCCCAGCGCACGCUAUGGAGAUAUCAGCGGCGAGGAGGUUUGUCUGGACACGGCUGAGCGGUCUCCAACAGGCAUUCCCGGAGAGGACUAGUGAUAGCACAUUGCGGCUUGUUAAAGCAAUAUGGAAAGAGUACGAUGACUCACAGUUUGGGCGUUCGUGUACACAUUGGCUUGACGUAAUGGCGGAGACUGGUCUUGGUAUUACCUUGUGGUGA